AAACAGUGACGCUACCAUAAAUGCAAUCUUCAUAUUGUACUACUGGUUUUCUGCAGCCAUUUUUCUUCUGAUGUUUGUUCUGACUUAUAGUGCAAUUACGUCUUAAUCAACUUUUCUAAUAAUACAAGGUUAAGGAAGAAAUUAACUCCGACUGGGAGAACCGUUAUCACCAUACUUCGAACGUAAUAAAUACAAAACAUUAUUGUUAUCCAAUUUUGUUCGAGUAAUGUGUGUUAGUUACACAAAUCCAGAAAUUGAAACUAGAUGCACGAGCAAAUUCUUUUGAACGCCCCCAAAACCAUCUACUGUCGCGACAUGACAUGCACAAAGUCGCCAAACAAACAACAGCCAAAUUUGAAACAACACAUUGCAUUACGUUCUUCUUGAAGACGUUCUGCAAUACAUGUCAACUAUACACAUAUUAACCCAUUUACUCGGUACUUAAAUACGAGAUUUAAAGUAAACUUUGCAUAAUUAACAAAUGUUACAGUACUUUUGUGUUGAUUUAUGUUGGCUGUUCUAUUAUCAGUGCUCAAUUGUUUUGUCACUGUGCGAUGUCUGGGUAAAUUACGCGAUUUAAAUUCUUCGACAUGUCAUGUGGGAGUGUCUGGCGAAGAUGAACGUGGUGGGAAUGGUGUAUGGUUACGUUCUUGAGCUUUCCUCUUAGAACUACAAGAAAAAUGUGGUUUGAUCAGUCGAGUUCGUAGACGAGGUGUCGGAGGGAAUUAUGUCACUAUGCGGCAAGUUGCACAUCCAAGAAUAGCGGGCUCACCGGAAGAAUAUAAGAAAAUGCCUCUCUUCGAUCUGUUGAUUGUUUAACAAUAGCGGUGAUGCGAGCAUAACAGGAUGUAAGUGCCUGGAAGUACAUCUGAUCGAUUCCAUAUGACAGCACCUUCCCCAGCACCUUCCAACACAAAGAGGUCUGAAGACAGAUUUGUCAUUGAAAUGGCUGCAGAAUCUGUGCACAGUGAAGAAUGCCAUAUGGCUGGUGAAGACAUCGCAGUGUGUUGGAGCAGUGCACCAUCUGAAGCUCCUCAGUCCACAGUCACUUCUGCUGCAGGCAGUGCCAACAGUGUGCAUUGUGAGUCAGGUGUGAGUGCAGUUAGUUUGCACCCACAGCAGUCAGAAAUUGCGUUUUCUGACUUGGCUGGUAGCAUAGUGGACAACAUGGGCACCUGGCGUGUGAGCAUUGAUGACUUGCCUGAUGAGGUACUGAUAAAGAUCUUCUCUCACUUGUCUUUUACUGAGCUAGUAUAUGUGGUGCAGAAAGUGUGCCCUCGUUGGAAAAAUGUAUCGCAAGAUUCGGAGUUGUGGGCUGACAAGGAAUACCGUAUUGGCUCUCACACAAGCGAUCAGGAGGCAAUACAGACUUUCUGUGAUGCCCCAAACCUGCAGAAAGUUUGUAUGCUGCGCAGUGCCUCAUCCCUUCUCUUCCGUGCACUCUACGAUAAGUGCCACCGACUCUUAGAACUACGCCUCGAUUACACACAGAAGCUCAGCUACUCGGUGCUAAAGAACUUGGUAGAGAAGUGCUCCAGAAUACACACACUAGGGAUAUCCAGUAGACUGCUGGUAUCUGAGAAAUUUUCGGAGGCAGUGUCACAUAUGCAAAACCUCCAUGUACUGAUUCUGGAAGGAUAUUCCACAGAAAGCCCUCCUGCACUGCGACCUUUGGCUGAUGGGUGCCCACAACUGGCCGAGGUUGACUUUGGAUUCACAGCUGUCGAUAUGUAUGAUCUGAAGUAUUUCCUGAAUGCCAAGAGGAACACCCUUAAGUCCUUGCAUAUAAAAUGGACAAUGGUUGUUGAAAGGAGGGAUAGAUUUCCACGAGCGCCAGUUCUGUCUCUCUACUGGUUUGUCCUGCCGUUGCUGACAGUCUGUGCUGACAGCUUGGAAUGUCUGGAACUUUACGAGUACUGCAUACUCGGCAACGAUUCAAGGGAGGCAUUUACUGCUCUGGGAAGCCUGAAGAACUUGCAGGAACUUAGGAUGCCAAUCCUCAAACUAGUACAGCCUGGUGCAGCUGCUUCAGCAUUUAAGACUGGUGGGCUGACAAAACUGAGACUGCUGGAUCUGCGAGGAGCAUUUUAUCUGGACAACGAGACAUUAAUUGCCAUCAGCCACGGAUGCCCUGCUUUGCGGGAACUCAUUGUCAGAAAUGUCCUGCAACUGUCUGACGCUGCCUUCUCCCAGAUCUACCAUCUGGAAAAUCUUGAUAUACUGGACGUGUCAGGUUGCAUAGGUCUCGGCAGAGCCUUCGUCCCCUGCCUCAUCGGGCUACCGAGACUUCGCACAUUGGUGAUGGAACAGUUGGAUUUUCGGAAGUUACGACCAGGUCUGAGCAGUAUCCUCGAACUGUCCAGUGUGCGCUGCCUGAUAUUCAGCUAUUCCCUCAUAACUGGAGUGCCGUUUGCCAAGUUUCCGAGAAAGCUUGCCAGUCUCAGGAAGCUGAUAAUCAAAGGGUGUCGAGGUGACCCUAAAGUUGUUGAUGGUCUGAGUGAGCAGAUGCCCACUCUUGAAGUCCACGGCACCAUUGAAGAGGAGGAGCCAGUUUACAACGUGGAGGAUUACGAGAGUGACGAGGAACUUGCAAAGGAAGAGAAUGCCGGACAUGGUGAUGUAGGUGAAGCACGUAAUGACAGUUUCGAGAGUGAUGAAGAUGGUGACGGUUAUAGUACCAGUACCAGUAUCAGUAGCAGUGAUAAUGAGUGAAAUAACAGUAUUUGGGCUGAAAACAGCCUAUUUCUUCCCUUUCUAGAUGAUACAAUAUUUAAAGGGAACUUUAACUCUUAAUACCAACUACGUCUUGGCUUGACCUGUGUAACUGGAUGAAAAUUUAAUACUCAACUAUUGUUACUGGGCUGUGUGUGUCAUAGUGGACUCUUAAGCUGUCUAGUGCUGUGAAACCCGAGAUUGCUUUUUAUAACAUUGUUAUUAAGUUGACAUUCCAGUACAAUUGUAUUAAUAAUGAUAAAAACUGUUUUGAAGUAAGAUAAUUACAAAUAUGUUUAAGGAACAUGCCGGGGGAAUAUAAUCAUGUACAGUAAUGUUGUUUCAGUUUCUGUUGCAAUGAUUGUUGUUGUGGUCUUCAGUUCAGAGACUGGUUUGAUGCAACUCUCCAUGCUACUCAAUCCUAUGCAAGCUUCUUCAUCUCCCAGUACCUACUGCAACCUACUACAAUUUUUACCCUCCACGCUGCCCUCUAAUACUAAAUUGGUGAUCCCUUCUUCUAGUCACAUUGGAUUUGAAAUAUCUUUUAUUUAUUUGAAGUGAUAAAAUGGCAACAUUAAUGAUCUAGCAACUCUAAAAUAGCACUCACAGAAUUAGAAUGUACUGUGUAGGAAACAGCUAAGAAGAAUGCACGUGACUGCAGAUGGUCUUCGGUCCUGGUCACCAGAUAAAUACCACCUUACUGCGAAAUGCCUUUGGCAGUCUUGUUGUAUUUUGUUGUGGUCUUCUAGUUUCUUUUAUUUUAUAUACACAACUGUUAGAGGAAAAGUCUAGUGAUCAUAGAUGAAGAUGCCACACCUCUGUUGUGAGCUAAAGCAGAUGGAUAAGCCUUACCACAGGUAAUGUUUUGACUGAAUGAAAUAAAAGGUGGGUUCAAUCACAGUUCUAAUGUUGAUGUAAUUGCAUCUGGAAACAGCAUUUUAGAAUGAUGCAUACUCUAUCAUACAUGCCUACAACAUUUGUCGAAAUCUAGUGGUAAAGACAAGAGACAUUAACUGAUCAUGUAAUUACCAAUAUACAACAAUACAGAAAAUAAUUACAGGUCAAACAUAGUCAUUGCUGAACACCAUGGGGCAUUAAUAGAGGUAUCAGACAGGAAAAAAUAUUUAGAACUGCAACAAAAAAAGCAAAUUCUGACACAUAAUGAAUACGAAGUACUUCUCAUGAGCCAAAAAGUUUGUUCCUUCUCCCAACAAAUGAACCAGAAUUAGUAAAAAUAAUACACAGAUUCAAAACAAAAACAACAAAAACUGAUGGGUUAGAUAGUAUGUCCAGUAGAGUAAUUAAAUGCUGCCUGCAGUGGGUGAUGAAGCCUCUGGCUUUUCUCAUAAACUUAACCAUGGAACAAGGAAUAUUCCUGACCUGUUGUUUACUCUAGUCUACAUUAAAAAAUAAAUAAAUAAAUAAAAAGUGAUCACUAUUUUCAGAGCAUGCAGCAAGGAAUGUCCAGAAAAUUAUUGACCAGUAUUUAUUACAUCUGUCUUUAUAUGGUGGACACCAUAUACAUGUAUUUUGUUGGUAUUUUUUUUAUUUGGUCCAUUAAAUUGUACAUGUGCUGUACUGCACAUCAGAUAUUGGACAGACCAAUGCAAGUAUGUCUUCAUGUUUACCUGAUGUUAUCUGUGUAUUAAUAAAUACAAUUUUUUCAGCUCUGGCGUAUAAUUAUACCAUGUUAACUAGAAAAUUACAACUGAAAAUAUGAAUAAACUAAUAUUAAUAAAGUCAGUCUUUACAUGAUACAAGAAAAUAGUCAUGGUUUCACAAUAUUUUUGUAAGUGAUGAAAAUUGUGGUUUGUACACUUCAUAUUAACUCUGUUGGGUUCUAAAAGAUUUUCUAGGAACUCUUCCAGAUUAUAGAAGCAACAUGUUAAUAGAUAUUCUUUUAAUAUUGCUGUAAAUUUUUUAGAUCAGUUAUUGCUUUAAAUUGUUUUAGCAACUUUUUGUAAAUAAUUUUACUGUGGUA